ACUCCUCUCCUUUUCUUGUCUUUGUUGUUGAUUGGCUUCACUUUUGGGCUGGAAAAAUGGGUUGCUUUAGCCAUAUCAAAAAACAAAGGAAAAGAUUAUUAGGGAGCAAAUUACAAAGCAUUCAACCAGCUUCUUCAGCCAAUGAAGUAAAAGUAAGAAGGGAAUUGAAAGUAAAAACAAGGGAAGAAGCAAAAGAGGUGGUCUGUGAAAAUGACCACCGGUUGGGUUCAAAUAUAAACAAAGGGGUUUGUAGUGAAGCAAAAGCAAAGGAAGAGGUAAGAACAUUUACAUUCCAUGAGUUAGCAGAAGCAACAGGAAAUUUCAAGUCGGAUUGCUUUCUAGGUGAAGGAGGAUUUGGCAAAGUUUACAAGGGCCAUUUGAGAAGAAUUAACAAGCUUGUAGCUAUAAAGCAACUUGAUCGGAGUCGAGGUCAAGGAAUAAGAGAAUUUAUGGUGGAAGUUGUAACAUUAAGUUUGGCCAAUGACCCAAACCUUGUCAAAUUGAUAGGCUAUUGUGUUGAGGGUGACCAAAGAUUGUUGGUUUAUGAGUUCAUGCCAUUAGGAUCAUUGGAUAGACAUUUGCACGAUGUUCCAGCAGGGGAAAAAGUGCUUGAUUGGAAUACAAGAAUGAAUAUAGCAGUAGGAGCAGCGAAGGGAUUGGAAUAUUUACACAACAAAAUGAGUCCAGCAGUUAUAUAUAGAGAUUUAAAAUGCUCAAAUAUUUUGUUGGGUGAAGGUUAUUGGGCAAAGCUCUCAGAUUUUGGGCUAGCAAAAGUUGGUCCAAGUGGUGAUAACACUCAUGUGUCUACUAGAGUUAUGGGCACUUACGGAUAUUGUGCACCAGAUUAUGCAAUGACUGGCCAAUUGACAUUCAAAUCUGAUAUCUAUAGUUUUGGGGUUGUUUUAUUGGAACUCAUCACCGGUAGAAAAGCUAUCGAUCAUACCAGACCUUCAAAUGAGCUCAGUUUGGUAGCAUGGGCAAGACCAUUGUACCGAGACCGAAAGAGAUUUAUAGUAAUGGCAGAUCCAAGGUUAGAUGGUCAAUUUCCUAUUAGAGGAUUGUAUCAAGCUCUUGCCAUUGCAGCAAUGUGUCUCCAAGAACACCCUACAAUGAGACCAUCAAUAUCAGAAGUUGUCGCAGCUUUAAAUUUUCUUGCUUCUCGAAAAUAUCCUCAAAGAACGAGUGAUUAGUUUAUAAUUAGACAUCAAUUAUCCAAUUGGAAUAUAUUAUAUAUUAUCAUAUAUAUUUUUUUUCAUUGGUCUAUCUCCCUAAGAAGUAUGAAUUGUUUUAAUUAUAUGUAACCCACUGUAGGAUCCAUAUUGGUUUUAAUUAUGUGACCCACUAUAGGAUUGUUUGUUGGGGUAGGAUGAAGGGAUAGGAUCAUGUUUGAGUUGUAU